CAGACGUCAUUUGUGGUGUGGUUUCUGUGCGGACGGGUAUUCUGGGCGUUAGGCUACGGGUGGAUAGUGUUUGCGUGCAGUACUAAUAGAGGGGGUAUCAUUCAGCGAGUACUUACAUAUCAGCCCAUACAGCCAUUAGCGCGUCUGGCGUUUGGUAUAUACUUACUCCAUAUCCCUGUUAUAGCCAUACGUUUGUUCGCUAUCAGAGACACCUAUGUUAUGACACACUCAGGAGUCUUUGAAGGGGCAAUCAUUGACUACGUGAUCGCUGUAGUGGUGGCGUACGUGUUAUACAUACUGAUUGAAUGUCCCAUUUAUCACUUAAUAAAAAUAAUUUGCGGACAAAAUGUGGAGAAAGUGGUCAGAAAUCGAGGAACUUAUGAGAGAACUAACGGGGAAUCUGUACGCGAUUACGAGGAAAACAUCGAGAUUAAACUUUAUAACCAGGGUAAUCAGAGUACAAAUGAUUUAUAAAAGUUCAACUAUG